AUGGGGGAGCACUAUUAUAACAAACUUCAUGACAUCAACAACUUCAUCAACUUCAUCAACAUCGUCUUUGGCAACAGAAACUUUUUCACUAAAAGGACAAAGGAACUCAAACCUGCUGUCCAAAGCGCUCCUGGUUGGAAGCUGUUUGGAAAAGUCCCACCCAGGGAAAACCUUUUGAAAGAUUCCAAAAUUAUUCAGCAGGAUGACAGUUCUGGCAGUCUUGCGUCAAUAUCUGCUCUCAGUCUAUUAAACACAGGGGAAUAUGAAGCACGGACAGGAAGAAUGUAUAAACCUCCACCUCCAUCAGCAAGACGCAAAAACAUUGAAUUUGAACCACUUUCAACUACUGCUUUGAUUCUGGAGGAUCGACCAGCAAAUCUUCCUGCCAAAUCAGUGGAGGAGGCUUUACGUCACCGCCAGGAAUAUGAUGAGAUGGUGGCAGAGGCAAAAAAACGAGAAAUUAAAGAAGCACAUAAAAGGAAAAAAAUAAUGAGAGAGCGUUUCAAGCAAGAAGAGAAUAUCGCUAGUGCUAUGGUGAUUUGGGUCAAUGAAAUACUGCCUAACUGGGAAGGCAUGCGUGCUACCCGAAGAGUUCGAGAGCUGUGGUGGCAGGGGUUACCCCCAAGUGUACGUGGGAAGGUCUGGAGUCUAGCUGUGGGAAAUGAAUUAAAUAUCACUCCUGAACUUUAUGAAAUCUUCUUGUCGAGAGCUAAGGAACGAUGGAAAAGCUUCAGUGAGACAAGUUCUGAGAAUGACAUAGAAGAUGCAGGUGCAUCUGUUGCUGAUCGUGAGGCCAGUCUGGAGCUAAUUAAGUUGGAUAUAUCACGCACAUUUCCAUCCCUGUAUAUUUUCCAGAAGGGUGGUCCUUAUCAUGAUCUCCUGCAUAGUGUUUUAGGAGCAUAUACAUGUUACAGACCGGAUGUGGGAUAUGUACAAGGGAUGUCCUUCAUUGCUGCUGUGCUCAUUCUCAAUCUGGAAGAGGCAGAUGCUUUCAUUGCCUUUGCUAACCUUCUAAAUAAGCCAUGCCAGCUGGCCUUUUUCCGUGUGGAUCACAGCAUGAUGCUGAAAUACUUUGCAGCCUUUGAAGUAUUCUUUGAAGAAAAUCUUCCCAAAUUGUUUCUUCAUUUCAAAUCAUACAGUCUUAGUCCAGACAUAUAUUUGAUAGACUGGAUUUUUACACUCUACAGCAAGUCAUUACCACUUGAUCUGGCCUGUCGUGUCUGGGACGUUUUCUGUAGAGAUGGAGAAGAAUUUUUGUUUAGGACAGGGUUAGGAAUCCUUCGGUUAUAUGAAGAUAUUCUCCUACAGAUGGACUUUAUUCAUAUAGCACAGUUUCUAACAAAACUUCCAGAAGACAUUACAUCGGAAAAGCUUUUUAGUUGUAUUGCAGCUAUUCAGAUGCAGAAUAGUAACAAAAAAUGGGCACAGGUGUUUGCCUCACUGAUGAAGGACAACAAAGAAGGGGACAAGAACCAUAGCCCAGCACUGAAAAGCUAAUCAUCGUAAUGUUGAGGUCAGUUGAAAACGUGGAAAACCACUUGAUGACAAAGGAGUUUUCACAUCGCUUCUAUGUGGAAAAGCACUACAGAAAAUGUGAACGUGAGAUGGAAAACCGACACAGUUCUCAGUGGAGUAAUGAACUGAUGAAUCUUCACCCUUUUGCCAGUAUUAGCUUUUGUCGUGGGAAGAUUUGUUUUCACACAGAAUACUAAAACCUCUGAAACUGAGAAGCGGGAGAGUUCAUAUUUAACACUUUAAAAGAAUCAGCUCAAUGCAAUAAACAUUUGUAAUAACUUCUGUUGGUACUUAAAAAAAAAAAUUUUGAGGCAUAACUUUUUUUACAAAUACCACAAAGGCACUUUUUUUCUGGGGGGGAGGAUGAGGGAAGUGCUAAAUCUUAAUGUCCCAAAACUGCUAUCCAAACCAAAUGCUUUGGUACAAAUAUUACCUCCAAAAUUAACCAUUUGAAAGUACUGAGGACCAAAUAAUGUUGUUUGGUAUGUUUAUGUGCAAGAUGGUUAAAAUUUGGGAAGGGAUAUUGUCUUAUUUACUUGUGGUGAGUUGUUUUUUUUUUUAAGUUGCAGCUUCAUUCUUCAGUCUGGGCAAAUGUAAUUAACUCAGGAACUGUGGAAGUAUUGUGCCCAAACCUGUUAGAGCAAAAAAUCCUCUGAAUUUUAAACAGUGGUAAGAUCAGGGCUGUUAUUUUUAGAGUGCACAGCUUUCCAAGCGAGUGCUGUUAAGCAUUUGUUUUGGUGUAUUGGUUGUGCAGCUUAUUAAAAAUGGAGCGGAUAUUCUGUGAAGGGGUUUUGCCACCAGAAGUUUUAUUUUUGUUGAGCCAUU